GAAAACGAAGGCCAGAACUCGGCGGCGAGCUCGCCGCGCUCGGUCAAAGGCUCGCUCGCGUUCAUCCUGGACGAUGAAGCUUCAACCGGCAAGCGCAGUGCCAGCGCAGCCCUACUGGAUGCCACCGAGCCGACAGACGCCAAACCCAAGAGACCGUCGAUCAUUGGGCGAACAAUUAGCAGUCUGCUGACUCCGACCAAUUCGGUCGGUAAUGAGAGCGAAGCCCGUGAUACCAUUACACCUACCGCAUCGGUUGCCAGAAAGGUA